AUGGCUAAAGGACCCAUUCACUUACCCGUUCACUCUGUAGAACACUCACCUGAAAGGGGAAGAGUCCGAAGAUCAUGGCCCCUCGCCAUACUUGGUCUACUCGCUACAGCGGCUGUGAUGACUUCUUGGCCUGUUGGCGUUCAACAGCUUACCUCGAAUAUGCCGUCUUACCAUGGAAAUGCUUCAUUGAGAAAAGGCGUAUGUGAACAGGCCGAACCUUUCUUGCCUGAUGGCUAUAACACUACCAAAGUAUGGGAAGAUAAAGAAAUCAUCAUCGAAAGGCUAAGGGAAGCGAUCCGGAUUCCUACUCAGAUGUACGAUGAAAUGGGACCAGUUGACGAGGAUCCCAGAUGGAAGAUUUUCGCGGAAUUUCAUGCUUUCCUUGAGAAGACCUUCCCCAAAGUAUACGAGCACGCCUCGGUUACCAAAACCGAUUGGGCUUUAGUGUACGAAAUUGAAGGAACAGACUCUUCUUUGAAACCUCUAAUGCUUACCGCUCAUCAAGAUGUCGUUCCUGUUCUUCCUGAUACCGUUAGUCAGUGGGAACAUGACCCCUUCAGUGGAGAUUAUGACGGAACUUCAAUUUAUGGUCGAGGUUCUUCCGACACCAAAAGCAGUUUGAUCGCUGUUAUGUCAGCACUUGAACAUCUGUUCCGUACAACCGACUUCAAGCCUCGUCGACCAAUUGUUCUGGCCUUUGGAUCAGACGAAGAAAGAGGUGGUCAGGUUGGUGCACCAGCCAUUGCGAAAUAUUUGCUCGACAAGUAUGGUUCCAACUCCAUGUCUUUACUGAUUGACGAAGGCAAUGGAUUGAUCGAAACUUGGGGUCAAAAUUUUGCUACACCAGCUGUAGCUGAAAAAGGACAUGUCGAUAUUGGACUUACAGUUUCUACUCUCGGUGGACACUCUUCUGUGCCACCUGCACACACAGCAAUUGGUCUGAUCUCAUUACUCAUUGCCCAACUUGAAUCUCAUCCACAUGAACCUACUAUUUCAGCCAAAUCUCCUAUCUACGAAUUUAUGACUUGUGCAGCUACUUUCGCCGAGGACAUGCCCACCAAGUUGAAGAAGCUAGUGAUCAAAGCUGAAAAGGGAAGUAAAAAGGCUUGGAAAGAACUUCCAAAGGAGAUUAUUAGUACUGGAAUGGGAGGAGCUCCCCAUGGUCCAGGUCAAGGUGAUCCCCUAAGAAGUCUGUUGACUACUACUCAAGCUGUUGAUAUCAUACAUGGUGGAUUGAAGGUCAACGCUUUGCCCGAGUCCGUAAAAGCGAUUAUCAACCACAGGAUCAACGUGCUCUCCGACCAUCUUGAACUUCAAUCUCGUAUCGAAUCAUUACUACUUCCCGUUGCCAAAUUUUACAACUUGACUUUGAAUGGAUUUGACGGUACUACCGUUUUCUCCGGAUCUCCAUCCUCCAAAAUUGAUCUCGAUCUAGCAUUCGGAUACUUCACCGACCCCGCUAGACAUAGUCCAGUCACAUUAGAUGAUCCUGCUUGGAACGUAUUAGCCGGAACAACAAGGGGUGUUUGGGCAAGUAGAAGGGAAGUUAGUGAAGAUGGAACUGUAGUUGAACUGGAAGCUGGAAAAGACAUGGUCAUGGCUCCGUUCAUGAGUACCGGUAAUACCGAUACUAGACGAUACCUUGACCUUACACCCAAUAUCUACCGAUACAGAUACACUCCAAUGGGAGGUAGUGCUGGUGCUCAUACCAUCAACGAGUACUCCAACGCAGAUGACUUGAUUGAAUUUACAAGAUUCUAUCAAGCUAUCAUCUUGAACAUGGAUCAGUCCAAAGAUGUGGCUUAG